AAUACAGAAAUUCGAAAGCGGCUGUAGAAGCAAACCCUCACAUUUUCAGUCGAAUUUUUUUCUCUAUUUCACACAUUUUUUAUUGCAAUCGGAAAAAAAGAGAGGCAGGAGAAGAUAUGUCAGGAUUAACGUGCAACGCUUGCAACAAAGAAUUCGAAGACGAUGUCGAACAAAAGUCCCAUUACAAAUCCGAGUGGCACCGCUACAAUCUCAAGCGCAAGGUUGCUGGUGUACCAGGAGUGACUGAAACACUCUUCCAAGCUAGACAAUCUGCGCUCGCUGAUGAGAAAAAGAAGCUGAAUGAGACUCCGAUGCUCUACAGUUGCGGCCUUUGUGGAAAGGGGUAUAGAAGUUUGAAAGCCCAUGAACAGCACCUGAAGUCUAAAAGUCAUUUGAUAAGGGCUUCUGAAGCAACAGGCGGCAAAGAUGAAGGUAGUACAAUCAUCAAACCUCUUACACGCCGUACUCCAAAGGAACCUCUGCAACCCCUGCAUCAUGUGAUGGAGGAAGAUGAAGAGAGCGAGGAGAGUGACUGGGAAGAGGUGGAUCCUGAUGAAGAUAUGGUUAAUGAGAAUGCUUCUAAUGAUGAUAUGGAUGAAGAUGAGGACGAGUUUGAAGAUUUGGACCCAUCUUGUUGCUUUAUGUGUGAUUUGGAGCAUGCUACAAUUGAGAGCUGUAUGGUACACAUGCACAAGAAGCAUGGGUUCUUCAUUCCAGAUAUCGAGUAUCUGAAGGAUCCUAAAGGUCUUCUUACGUAUCUGGGGCUCAGGGUCAAACGAGAUUUCAUGUGUUUGUACUGUAAUGAAAGGUGCCAUCCUUUCAGUAGUUUGGAGGCUGUUCGGAAGCAUAUGGAGGCGAAAAAUCACUGCAAAGUGCAUUAUGGUGAUGGAAGUGAAGACGAGGAAGCAGAGCUUGAAGAUUUUUAUGAUUACAGCACCAGUUAUGAGGGCACUGAUGGAAACCAACUGGUUGCCAUUGGUGACAUGGAGAAUGCUGUUGCACUUGGUAGUGGUGGCGCUGAGCUUGUCAUCACAAGGCAAAAUAAUGGGGCAACAACAAAGAAAAUGCUUGGAUCGAGGGACUAUUUGAGAUACUACCGCCAGAAACAUCGGCCAACAGCCUUGCACAGUGAGAUCACUGCUGCAUUAGCAUCUAGGUACAAGAGCAUGGGCCUAGCAACUGUGCAGUCACGAGAGCAUGUAGUCCGGCUGAAAGUAUUGAAGGCGAUGAACUCGUCUGGUGUUGAGGCCAUGCGCUCUAAAAUGGGUAUGAAGAGUAAUGUCAUUCGCAACCUCCCCAAGAACUGCACCUAUUAGUCCAACAACUAUGCUUGCAAUCGUUACAGCACUGUUUCAUACGGCAAGAUUUUCCCCCGUGCUCGCCUUUAUGAAAGGAACUGGAUAAAGUUGAAAUGUUUACAAACAAUUUAGAAAUUCUUUGUUUGCAGUAAUUUUUUUGCUGUAUUGGAUACCAAAAUUUUGUAUGUUUCGUUUGCUGAGGUAUACGGCUCGAUUAUUAUCUU